AUGCGAUCCGCUGCAAUCUUGUCGUCUAUCAUCUUGCUGGCUUUGAAAACCGCCUUCGCUAUCCCCACGAAUCUCCAAGGACGCAGUGUAACCGCAUUGUCAUCUUCGGAACUCUCUGGGUUCGCACCAUUCACCCAAUUUGCGCGAGCCGCAUAUUGCCCUACAAGCAAACUUCAGAACUGGUCUUGCGGAGACGCAUGCAAAGCGAAUUCGGAUUUUCAACCAACACUUGUCGGCGGAGACGGAAAUGCUGUGCAAAUCUUUUUUGUCGGGUUUUCACCGUCCCAAAACAGCAUAAUUGUGGCCCACGAAGGAACCGAUCCAACCCAAUUGUUAUCUGACUUAACUGAUAUCGACAUCUUGAUGGGUAAUCUGGAUUCGACGCUUUUCCCGGGUGUAUCGUCGUCCGUACAAGUACAUGAGGGUUUCCGUGAUGAGCAUGCAAAGACAGCCACGACAAUCUUAGCUGAGGUCAAACGCUUGAUGUCAGUAAAGAAUACAAAGAACGUCGCUAUUGUUGGACAUUCUCUGGGAGGUGCACUUUCGGAGCUAGACUCGUUGUUCUUGACCUUAAACCUUCCUUCAUCUACUUCGAUAAAAGCCAUUACUUAUGGCACUCCGCGGGUUGGAAAUCCUGAUUUUGCUCAACUUAUUGACUCCAAGGUUCCUAAUUUUAAAAGAAUCAACAACGAAGAUGAUAUUGUCCCUAUAGUCCCUGGGAGAUUUUUAGGGUUUGCUCACCCUCACGGGGAAGUACAUAUCCUUUCGCCUGGCAACGCUGUAUCGUGCCCUGGCGAUGACGAUGCAACUGAUCCACAGUGUCAAAUACAAUCUGUGCCCAAUGUUUUGGUAGGAAAUAUUCUUAAUCACUUGGGUCCAUAUGAAGGAAUCAACAUCGGCACAAUAUUUUGUACAUGA